GACCUCGAGGGUGAGUUUUGGUGCUGAAAAUAAAAACGUAGCUCUUGUGCUCCAAAAUCCAUUGACAGCUACGGGCAGCACACGCAUACACGACACACCCAAAGCCACGAAACGUGCACCUUCGAGCGUGUCUAGGGCAACGGCGAGCCUUGCUUCGGAAGCCGCGCGUUCGACGCUGCUAGAUCAAUAACAUGCCGCGAGGAAAACUCGUUCGCGCGGAAGCUUCUCGGUCGGCCAGGAGUUCGCGUCGCGCCGCGACGCGUCUCGUUUGCGUCUCCAGAGCUGCGGGCUCGAGUGCGGAAUAAUUCGUCGUCGCAUCGAAACGUCGUGUCAGUGACGUGCGUAAAGGUGUUGGAUCGUCGUCGUGUCGUGGUGAUAAUAAUCUUUGUUUAAAAGAGCGCGUGAUCAACACUACCGAAAGCAGAGCACGACGGCUCCGUGACCAGGUGAAGCGGCUGGGCCUCCUGUGACGGGGGGGUUCGAGGACCGCGUGCGCACCCCCUUAGAGCGUUUCCUUCUUAGACGAUGAUAGAUCCAAGCUCGUCCGAGGAGGAGAGCGAGGAGGAUCAGAGCACUCAUCAUGGCGGCGGCGGUGGUGGCGGUCGUGCCGGCAGCGGCAGCUCGCACGGCUCCCGUCGUCAUCCCAGUAGCAUCGGCAGUGGUCCAGGUUCCGGAAGUGUCGGCUCCCUCGCCUCGGGCCUCACCGCCUCACCCGGGGGUCCGAACCACGUGGGUCCACCCAGCACUGCAGGUGCCCACGGAUCCGGAAGCCGCGCCGCCGCUGGCCCGCAAGAUACCGCCGGAGCCGGCUUGGAUGUGCCUAAUCUCUCCAGUGCCAGGAACUCGCUGUCGCCAUCGAUGAGUGCUGCUCAAGAUGCAGCUAAUUAUGCUCAGAGGCCCACCAGUCCGUCUCCCUCGGUCGCCAGCGAGAAAACAGAAGCGGAGUUGCAAGAUAAGCAAGAAAGGGAAGAAGAAGAAAGGAAAACUCGGAUACAGCUUUACGUCUUCAUAUCUAGAUGCAUCGCUUAUCCGUUCAAUGCCAAGCAACCGAUGGAUAUGACACGAAGGCAGAUGAAAGUGACGAAACAACAAUUGGAGACUAUAUGUUCUCGUUUUCAGAGUUUUUUGAAGGGUGAAACGCAGAUCAUAGCCGACGAAGCGUUCCACAACGCCAUACAGAAUUACUGCGACGUAUUCCUGAAGUCGGAUCGAGUAGUACGAAUGGUGCAGAGCGGCGCAUGCUCCCAGCUCGACUUCCGCGAGGUGUUUAAGAAGAACAUUGAGAAGCGUGUUCGGAGCCUCCCGGAAAUCGACGGAUUGAGCAAAGAGACUGUGCUUACGUCCUGGUUGGCCAAAUUUGAUUGCAUUUUGAAAGGUACUGGUGACGAGGACACCAAACGGCCUUCCAGGAUGCAACAGCAGUCUUUGAACUCGGAGCUGAUAUUAUCGAAGGAGCAGCUGUACGACAUGUUUCAGCAGAUUCUCGGCAUCAAGAAAUUCGAGCACCAGCUUCUGUUCAACGCCCUCCUGUUGGACUCAGCCGACGAACAGGCUGCCGCCAUCAGGAGGGAGCUGGACGGUCGUGUACAGAAGGUCAACGAGAUGGAGAAGAACCGCAAGCUCAUGCCCAGGUUCCUUCUGAAAGAGAUGGAGUCGCUCUACAUCGAGGAGCUCAAGUCGUCUAUCAACCUGCUAAUGGCUAAUUUGGAGUCGUUACCGGUCUCCAAGGGUUCGAUAGACAGCAAAUACGGGCUGCAGAAGCUGAAGCGCUACAACCAUCGUGGUGAGCGCUCCCGCUGCCGCGGUCAGGGCUCCCUCGCAAAACUGGAGGGCGACUCCGCCGAUUCCGAUCCCCAGCUGACGAAAAUGGACGUCGGCCUGACCUUCCAACUGGAAGUAGUCGUAAUGGAGGUCAAGGGCCUCAAAAGCCUAGCACCCAAUAGAAUAGUUUAUUGCACCAUGGAAGUGGAGGGCGGCGAGAAGCUACAGACCGAUCAGGCUGAAGCCUCCAAGCCUAUGUGGGAUACUCAAGGUGACUUCAGCACGAUGCACCCGCUGCCAGUGGUCAAGGUCAGACUGUACACGGAGAAUCCGGCGAUGCUUGCGCUCGAGGACAAGGAGCUGGGCAAGGUGAUCCUGCGACCCACUCCGUUGUCUUGCAAGGUGCCCGAAUGGCAUCGUAUGACCGUGCCCAAGAAUUGCGCCGAUCAGGAUCUAAGGAUGAAGAUCGCCUGUCGCAUGGACAAGCCGCUCAACAUGAAGCACUGCGGCUACCUGUACGCGAUGGGCAAGUCCGUAUGGAAAAAGUGGAAGAAGCGGUACUUUGUUUUGGUCCAGGUCUCGCAGUACACAUUUGCGAUGUGCUCGUACAAAGAGAAAAAAAGCGAGCCGUCGGAAAUGAUGCAGCUCGAUGGCUAUACAGUGGACUAUAUCGAGGCCGUUUCUGCUAAUCUCAUGGUCGGCAUGGAUUUAGAGGGCGGAAGGUACUUUUUCAACGCCGUGCGCGAAGGCGACAAUAUAGUGUAUGCCUCGGAUGACGAAAACGAAUGUCAUCUAUGGGUAAUGGCGAUGUACCGGGCGACCGGUCAGUCGCACAAGCCCACCCCGCCGGUCUCUGUGGCCGACAAGAACUCCACCAUCAGCAAGAUUCAGGGCGACGCCGAUCGUGCGAAGAAGCACGGCAUGGAGGACUACAUCAGCGCGGACCCUUGCAAGUUUGAUCACCACGCCCUAUUCAAGUAUCUGCAAAACUUGAUCCUGGAUUACAGAUUGAACGAUCCCUACUGCUCGCUCGGCUGGUUCUCACCCGGUCAAGUUUUUGUGCUGGACGAGUAUUGCGCCAGAUACGGCGUACGUUUGUGCUUUCGGCAUCUUUCCUAUCUUCACGAUCUGUUGGACAGAAUCGAUCGUGGGCUUAUGAUAGAUCCAACAUUGAUACACUUUAGCUUUGCCUUUUGUGCCACUCAUGUCUACGGUAAUACCACGUCGGCCGAUGGUGUGGGCUCGAUCACUCAUGAAGAGAAAGAUAAAUUUCAGGAAAUUAAAGAACGGCUGAGACAGAUUCUUGAGAAGCAAAUCACCAACUUUAGGUACGGUUUUCCAUUCGGACGUCCGGAUGGUGCACUGAAAGCGACUUUAUCUCUGCUGGAACGUGUUCUCAUGAAAGAUAGCGUAACGCCUGUACCACAAGAAGAAGUAAAAGCGUUGAUAAAAAAUUGCCUGGAAACGGCAGCGCUAGUUAAUUACACGAAAUUGUCCGCCGAGGCGAAGAUUGAAGACGAUUUGAGCGGCGAGGUGUGCGUGCCUCCUAAUAAGAAGCUGGAGGAUCUCAUACACCUCGCCGAGCUGUGCGUGGACCUGCUGCAGCAAAAUGAAGAACAUUAUUCGGAGGUAGCGUUCGCCUGGUUUAGCGAUCUUAUGGUGGAGCACGCCGAGAUCUUCUGGUCGCUAUUUGCCGUCGACAUGGACAAAGUCCUCGCGGAACAGCCACCCGACACAUGGGACAGUUUUCCACUGUUUCAAAUAAUGAACGAUUACCUUAGGACGGACGACAAUUUGAAGAACGGAAGAUUUCACCAGCAUCUACGCGACACGUUCGCACCUUUAGUAGUGCGCUACGUGGAUCUGAUGGAGACAUCGAUCGCUCAAUCGAUCCAUAAGGGUUUCGAGAAGGAAAGAUGGGAGAUAAAAGGGAACGGUUGCGCUACUUCGGAGGAUCUCUUUUGGAAAUUGGACGCGUUGCAGUCGUUCAUCGGCGGGCUGCAUUGGCCCGAUCAGGAGUUUAGGCAACAUCUCGAACAGAGAUUGAAACUGAUGGCUUGCGAUAUGGUGGAGUCGUGCAUACAAAGGACCGACGCGGCCUUCCAGCAGUGGCUGAAGAAAGGCGUGACCUUCAUCUCGACCGAUUACAUCAUACCGUCGGAAAUGUGCGCUAUGGUGAACGUUAUUUUGGAUGCCAAGAAUCAGAGUUUUAAGCUUUGUACUGUCGAUGGUGUUGAUGUGCAUCAAUAUCAUUCUAAAAUUGAUGACAUGAUUGAAAAAACAUCAGCAGGAAUGAAUCAAGGAAUGAUUAACAAGUUAAUAACAGUAUUGGACGCGACGCUGUCAAAGUUGUCUCGUUACGACGAGGGUUCCAUUAUCGGCUCUAUUCUCAGUCUUACGAAGGUAUCAGGAAGCGGCAAGGAAAUGGGACAAGCCUACGUGAACUUCAUGAGAAAUUGUAUGGAUCAGAUUCGUAGCAAAGUCCUCGACGAGUUAUGGAUCUUGACUUUCUUCGAGCAAUGGUAUACGGCACAGAUACAAAUGUUAUGUAAUUGGUUGUCCGAGAGGCUUGAUCAUAGCCUGCAUCUGCAUCAGUGUACCUGUCUAGCUCACAUCGUGAAAAAGAUCUAUUCGGACUUUGAGCUGCAGGGUGUCAUGGAGGAGAAACUCAAUACGAAGACAUAUCAGACUAUAGACAAAAGGAUGAAGACGGAAGAAGCAACUUGUGCCUUAAACAUGAGCGCUCAGAAUGAAGAAGGAUUUUCGGAGAAUGGCAAUGACGAUGAGGUGGAGAGACCUAAGACAAAAGUGACGAUCGUUGAGACGAUAACGGAAGACGCGAAUUAUGUGGCCAAUCUGAGUAACGUCACCUCAAAUGUUGUUGGCAAAGUCGGUAGCAUGUUCGGCAAGGGCAUCGGCGGUCUUUCUACAAAAUUUGGCUCAGCCAGCAAUUGGUUCUAGUUAUUGUUUCUAGCACUCUGCCAGUAAAAAAAAUCUUACAUUCGACUAGUACGUUCCUUCGUCUAAAUAAGGGGAUGCGAACGGGGCAAGAUUUCUAAAGGCAUAGCCAGUACCCUAUAGACAGUACGAUGAUCUAGAGUUUUGUCCAUAUAAACGAAUGAUAACGAUUAAAACGAUGCAAUCGAUCGGAUCAGUUGGCUCUUAUCGUCUCGCGAGAUCGGUUCAAUUUUAUUGCGGAUUUUCUUCGAGAUUUUCAAUAGUUCCAAAACUAAUAUUAAAAGAAUUACUUAUUGAUUGAUCACGAUUGAAAAAACUAAUUGCUGAUAUAUUUCCGUUUACUUAGGCAUAGUUUUUUCGAAUUUCCAGUAAUAAUACGUAUUAGACGUCGUAAUGUGCGUGCUAAGAAUUACGCGAGCUCGUUGUAAAUUCGUUUUAAUUGACCGAUUAUGUUUGAUCUCAGGUAAUAGCGAAAACAUAGUCGAAAUAUACUAUUCGGAAAGGCUGAUUGUGUGCGAGAAAUAAGCACGAUAUAGACGAGAGAGUAAACGCGUAGAUAUAUCUAAUCAUAUUACAAAGGUAUAUGUAUAUAAACGUACACAUGCACACAUAUGCAACGUGUAAUUAUGAGAUAUUCGUACAUUUUGUCGUGGUCUGCAUGUGUCAGACUAACGUCGUUAAUAUAUACAUAUAUACAUAUAUAUAUAUAUAUAUAUUAGCUGAAUUGUCAGAACACAGAAUAUACGAGAUUUUUCCUACUUAGUCUGUGUACCGCGAGUUGGUUUUGCGGAUUUAGUUGUCGAAGGAUAAAAGCAAGGGCACACACACGUAUUUUGCGUAAAUAAAAAACUAGGAAAGAUUCUCGGGUCGAUUGCAACGUUACUUGGAUGUGGAAUACGGGGGGAGCGCGACAGGAAUAAUAUGAAAAAUCUCGAGAAAAAGUCACGGAAAAGUAAGAAACGGGAAGGAAAGGGAUACACGACUUGUCGAAACCGCUUAUCGAAUUAAUUUCGCGAUCAACUAUAUUUUUUCAACUGUUAGGUACGAUCGCUGUUAUCUGUUGGACGACCAUUCGUCUGCUAUUCGAGCGGAUUUCUUGUUUCGUUACAAAAAAACUUUUCGUGAAACGGAAAACGAGGAAGAGACGUUUCCUUUGCGAUUAGAAGUAAGAGACACAAAGUGAAAUGAAGAAGAGAAAUAUUUCAUCUCUCUUGUGAAUCUAUAUAGAGUCGAUUUUUCCAGUGUAAGAAUUUUCAGCAUUAAAAACUUUAUCGCAAUUGAGCCUCGUUAAAAAUCUCUCAGAAAUUAACAUUAACUUAAAAUUAAUCCUUGAAAAUUUAAUAGUUAAAAUAUCUUGCAAAUUGUCGCUUAAAAUCGGUGAUCGAUAUUCUAUAUUCAUCUCUGUCUUAAUAUAUUCUUCGAGGCUCUGGGCACUCUGUAUAAGAAUACUAAUUGUUAUUCACAUACAUCAAAAUGAUAAAUUUGAUUUAUACUGUUAAUUUAAAAUUCAUGAAGAACUCAAUUAAUAAGUUUCCCGAAUGGCUAUAAAUAUUAGACUUUAAUAGAGCUUAAAAGAUUAAUCGGGUCAAAACUUGUGAUACAUUGCUAGCGUAACCUUUCAUAGUUUUUUCCGAUGGUACUAUAUUUAUUAAACAUACACGCAAACAAGUUUCAGCAUAUUAUUAAUUAGUCGCGAUUGAAUGGUCGCCGACAACCAGAAGCAGUGAACGUAGUAGCACGUUGUAUUUUUUACCUGCAUCACAUUAUACGAAUUCAUGCUAGAUAUCGGUAAUGUGAUAGCAUUCGCGAAUUACUACAUAUACAAACAAAUUAACUAUUUAUUUGCAAACGAGGAAAGGGAAAGGAGAGCAAUUAUAUGCACAGUGAGAAACUUUAUUGGCGAGAAUUAAGUCGAGAGAGAUAAUCGAAGAAUUCGUCAUUUAUUAAAGAGCGUUAAAAUUUUUAUUUUAACAUUACAAGGACAAUAAAGGAAGAAUUCUUUAAUUAAAAAAUCAUAGGAAAACUAUAUUAAUGUCUCGCCAGAAUAAAAUUUUUUAAUGUGUAUAAAAUUGAUGUGUGUUCGGUUGAGAAUAUUUCAUUUUUAAGAGUAACUCUCGCGAAAUAUGUUGUGAAAUUUUCUAGUAGUCUCAACAUUUUGAGAAUAAUUCUCAAUCGGGUUUGCUACAGAUUUUCGCUGUCGGGAGUCGCUCUUGAGAUAUUGAAUAAUUUUCAGGAUCGAAAUAUAUAAACGAAUCGUGCGUGGGUUAGGCACUGAAUCGUUUUCGAUUUUGCUCUAAUUACGCGACAGGGAGGAAAUAUAUAUAUCCUCUUUUUUUGAUUAAAACAAUUUUUUUUUGUCAUUGUCGUCGUUAUGAUACUAAUUAACGUCCUAUAAAAGACAAGUGUUAUGUAGGUUUACAAUGCAAGAGAGCCUUGUCCCUGGAUCACGAGGCGCAUGUAUAUUUUCAAAACUUCACGAUAUAACGUUCGUAUAUAUUAAUGGAUAUUUAUUCAGCUUGAUAUAAACUCUUGAAAGUGCAUCAAACGCGAAAGUAUAACAGCGAGGCAGGAUGAAAAAUGUACGUCCCUUAAGAAUUUUAUUUAUUUUACAUUGCGAGAUAUUUCGUCUAUUUUCAUUUGUCAAUUUUCCAUUUUUAUUUUUAUUAUUUCUGUGUUUUUUUUAAAUGCGCGAGAGACAAAUCCUAAUCGCCUUUAUAACCAUCGAGCUCUUUGAGCUCUCUCUGUCUACCUCAAAUAUGAAGAAGAAUCAUUCCAUUGUAUAUGUAAAAUAAUUCCAGAAUAAGAUAAUCGAAAAAAAAACUAACAUAAUCAAGUUGAUACAAAUACGAAAUUUGUUUGAAAUUUAAACUCAUAAUUGAGAUAAAACUUAUUUUUGGCAAAUCAAUAUUUUUUUAGAGAUCUACGUAUAUGGUUUAUUUUAAAUAAGUAAUUACGUCAUUUCAGGGAAUCAUAAUAACAAGAGAGUUUUUGUUCGACAUCAAUCAUUUUCUUAUUCACUACCUGAUUAUUAUUAGUGGCGGAUACAUAUUUUUCAUCCUACUUCGAUGAGUAAGGCAGUUAUAAAAUUAACCGUAAAAGAGGAUAUGAAAAUACACAUACAAACACACGUACACACAGACAUACACAGAAAUGUAGAGCAGUCGCGCAAACGCGAAGCGAGGGAGGAGGGAUUUACCAUUCGUUUGUACAUACUAAUGGCGAAAUGGGAAAGAGUAAAUUUUUUAUAUGAGACAAAAAAAAA